CCCAUUAGCAGGCAACGGCAGGCGGGACCUCUUCUGAGACGGGUUCCAAGCCAAAGCUCGCGCUUUUCGUUUUUCCGCUCCCCUCCAUUUCCAACGCCCCGCCAUCCAGCGUCCAACUCGAUCUUUUGGACGACGCACUGGGUAUUUUCCCUCCCUCAACAACCACCUAUCCUACGGCAGAACGACCUCGGUUGCGUGAGCCGAUACUGCCUCUACACCAUGGCACCAAAGAAGAAGGGAAACAAGAAGGCCCAAGAUGAUUGGGAGGCCGAACUGGGCGAAGAUGUUGCCCCGCAAGCACCUGCGCAAGAGACGCCUGCUGAUGCGGCAAACGGCAAUGAAAAUGAAGUUGACGCAGCUGGUGGCGGUGGUGGCAUGAUGGCCAUGCUUCGCAGAAACAAGGAGAAGCGCAAGAAGAAGGGAAUCCAGGACGAUUUUGUCGAAGGCGAGGACCCGACUGCUGAAGCCAAACCGGUCAACGAAGCUACCGAAGCUACCAUGGACGAUGAGUUCGCCUUACCCGACAAGAAGGGCAAAGGUGGCAAGGGCAAGCAGGAUAAGAAAGCGACCGCUGCCGGCGACGAUGCUGACGAUGCCGGUGAUGGCAGAAUCUUGACUAAAGCUGAGAAGGAAAAGCUUAAGAAGGAGCGUGAGAAGCAGAGAAAGAAGGAACAGGCUGCAAAGAAGAAGGGUACUACCCCUGCCCCCGCCGCUGAGAAUCCUGCCGCCAAGGUAGAAGAAGCAAAGGCAGCUGCUGCACCUACACCAGCACCUGCUGCUGACGCUGGCGGUAAGAAGAAGAAGGUCCCUGCUCAUAUCGCCAAGAUUCAGGCGCAACAAGAAGAGCUGCGCCGUCAGAAGGAAGAAGAAGAGAGAUUGCUUGCUGAAGCGCAGGCUAAGGCUGAAGAACAGGAGCGUGCCGCCGCUGAGGACCAGGCUCGCAAAGAGGAGUUGAAGGCGAUCAAGAAGCAGCGUGAGAAGGAACGUAUUGAACAGCUGAAGAAAGAGGGUAAAUUCCUUACCAAGGCACAAAAGGAGGAACGCGCACGCAAUGAGCGAAAGCUUCAGCAGAUGCUUGAGGCUGGUAUUGUUGUUGGCCCCCAGGGGAAGGAAGAUAAAAAGAAGCCCGCGGCCGAUAACAAGAAGAGAAAAGGAAAGGUUCAACAGAAGCUGGAGGAAGAGCAGGCUCUCGCCGAAGCUGCCGAGCGAGCCCGUAAACAAGCCGAAGAGGCCCUGAAGCAAGAAGAGGAGCGGGCUGCUAAGGAAAAGGCCGAAGCCGCUGCCCAGGACGCCGAAAGCGAUGUGGAUGAUGACUGGGAGGCAGCCGCUGAGGCUGACGACGACGUCAAGGACAGCUGGGAUGCCGACACUGACGAAGAGGACGACAAGAAGGCUACCAAGGACCUCCCCGUGCUUGCUAAGAACAGCGAUGACGACUCUGAAGACGACGAUGAUGAUGACUCUGAAGACGAUGAUUCUGACGACGACGAUGAUUCCGAAGAUGAAGCCGUCUCUGCUGCCAGACAGGCUGAAGCUCAGCGCAAAAAGGAAGCUGCUGAACGCAGAGAAAAGGCUCAUCAGGCUGCCCUCGCUGCCAGAUCAAAGGACAACCUGCGCUCCCCCAUUUGUUGUAUUCUUGGUCAUGUCGAUACUGGUAAGACUAAGCUUUUGGAUAAGAUUCGUCAAACCAACGUCCAGGAAGGCGAAGCUGGUGGUAUCACUCAGCAGAUCGGUGCUACCUACUUCCCUGUUGAUGCCAUCAAGAAGAAGACCGCCGUUGUCAACCCCAACAAUGAGUUUGAGUUCAAGGUUCCUGGAUUGCUCGUCAUCGAUACCCCUGGUCACGAGUCCUUCUCCAACCUGCGAUCCCGUGGUUCAUCUCUGUGCAACAUUGCCAUCUUGGUUGUCGAUAUUAUGCACGGUCUGGAGCCCCAGACUCUCGAGUCCAUGCGCAUGCUGCGCGAACGCCGUACGCCUUUCAUCGUGGCUUUGAACAAGAUUGACAGAUUGUUCGGCUGGAAGAAGAUUGACAACAACGGCUUCCAAGACAGUUUGGCCUUCCAGAACAAGGCCGUCCACAACGAAUUCCAGAAGCGGCUGGACGAUACCAAACUAGCCUUUGCCGAACAGGGAUUCAACGCCGAGCUGUUCUACGAGAACAAGUCUAUGGCCAAGAAUGUCUCGCUCGUUCCCACUUCCGCCCACACUGGUGAAGGUAUUCCUGAUAUGUUGAAGCUCAUUUUGCAGCUUACACAGGAAAGAAUGGUGGGAUCUCUGAUGUACCUGUCAGAAGUCCAAGCUACUGUUCUUGAAGUCAAGGCUAUUGAAGGUUUCGGUAUGACUAUUGACGUUAUUCUGUCCAACGGUAUUCUCCGAGAAGGCGACCGCAUUGUACUGUGCGGUACAGAAGGCGCCAUCAAGACAAAUAUUCGUGCCCUUCUUACGCCAGCACCGCUUCGCGAAUUGCGACUCAAGUCACAAUAUGUGCAUAACAAAGAAGUCAAGGCCGCUUUGGGUGUAAAGAUUAGCGCUCCUGGCCUUGAAGGUGCUAUUGCCGGUUCUCGACUGAUGGUUGUUGGUCCUGACGACGAUGAGGAAGACAUCGAAGAUGAAGUUGAGUCUGAUCUCGUUAGUUUGAUGAGCCGUGUUGAGAAGUCUGGUCGUGGUGUCAGUGUUCAGGCUUCCACUCUUGGUUCGCUCGAAGCCUUGCUCGACUUCUUGAGGGAAUGCAAGAUUCCUGUCGCCCAGGUCGGUAUCGGCCCCGUCUACAAGCGUGAUGUUAUGCAGUGUGGUGUUAUGUUGGAAAAGGCUCCUGAUUACGCCGUCAUGCUGUGCUUCGACGUCAAGGUUGACAAGGAAGCCCAAGCGUAUGCCGAUGAACAAAACAUCAAGAUCUUCACAGCCGAGAUUAUCUACCACUUGUUCGACGCCUUCAACAAGCAUCAGGCUGAGAUGUUGGAGAAGAAGAAGGAAGAGUCCAAGAUGUUGGCCAUCUUCCCCUGCGUUCUUCGCCCCGUCGCUGUUUUCAACAAGACCGGCCCUAUUGUCAUUGGUGUUGACGUUAUUGAGGGUCAACUCAAGAUCAACACCCCCAUCGCCGCCGUCAAAACAAACCCUAUUACCGGAACCAAGGAGAUUAUCAGCAUGGGUAGAGUGACGUCUAUCGAACGUGAGCACAAGCAGAUCCCCGUCUGCAAGCGUGGUCAGCCUUCGGUAGCCAUCAAGAUUGAAAUGGGUAGCAACCAGCCCACAUAUGGCCGCCAGUUGGAAGAGAAGGAUCAGCUCUACAGUAUGAUUUCGAGACCCAGCAUUGAAUGCUUGAAGGAAUUCUACCGUGCCGAUGUCAGCAUGGAUGAGUGGCAGCUCAUUAAGAAGCUUAAGCCUCUUUUUGAUAUUCCCUAAAUAUGCGCCUGUGUAUGCAUGGGAGUGUUGUCUCACGUCUUUUACAUUUUCUGAGAGUCAAAAGUCACGUCUUUCUGUGGUAUUUUACCAAGGUAUCUUUCAGUCUUUUAAUGCUAUUUCUACUCUUCAAUAAAUUUAAAAUUUAAAUUAAAAAAAGCCCGGUUUUCAGUCUUGGCGUGCACACUAUUGGAAAGUCUAGACUGGUGCACUGGUAUAGCCUCAUGAUAUUUAAGACGGGACUGGGGGAGAUAUCGUUAUGUAAACUUCGUGAAUUUUUUAAACAUAAAAAAAGAGGUAAACUGUCUAUACUAUCUUGACAUCCCAUCGCCAUUUCCUUUUAUGUCGUUGCGCUUUUCAUCUAACAUUAUGAAAAAAACAACCCAAUUUCCUUGUAUCGUGUUAAUCGUUCCCGCAACAACUCUUUUGUUAACAUCAUUUUUGUGUUUUGACGCCUCCACCACUUUACUCCAACUCGCUUAUUCUGUUGAUCUAUUUGGGGUCGGAGUUGUCCUCGGGCUGAGCCUCAGCAUCCUUCAUCUCAGAAUCAGCGGCCUCCUGGGCGGCCUUCUCAGCCUCAGCAGCCUUGCGAGCCUCCUCCUCGGCAGCCUUGGCAGCCUUCUCGGCAUCAAGACGCUCCUGAAGAGCCUGGCGCUCGGCCUCGACCUUCUCGAAGUGACGCUGGACAAUGGGUCCGGCGAGAGCGCGGAGCUCAUCCAUCUUGGAAAUGUAGACGCCCUUGGAAACGUCGUCACCCUCGUCGUAGAGCCAGUCCUAAAAGAGAGAAUUCAGGUUAGAAAUUGCAAUUAGUUUGGUAGGGUGUAUCAUAUAUUCUUACCUCAGCAGCCUCGAGCUUGGCCUUGAUGUUAGUCUUCUCGUCCUCGCUAGCGAAUUCAGAGUACUGCUCGUCGAGCUUGGCUCUCAAGUCGUAAAUGUAGGCUUCGAGUUCGUUCUUCUUCUCCUCGGUAUCGGCGACAAGCUUGUCCUCCAUAACCAUGGAGGUCUCCUUCUCGGAGAGAACGGUUCGGGUGGCAGCAUCAAGAGAGGCAGUGCCGCUAGAGAUGGGCAGGUCGCCGGCGCGGACAAGCUUCUUGACCUUGCGGGUCUCCUUGUUAUCGGUAUCCAUAGCCUGUCUAGAGUUAGUAAUUUCGUCUUUCGAGGCGACGAGGCGUUGAUUGGGAAUAAAACUUACAUCGCCAUCCUUGGCGUCGCCCUCGGCCUUCUCAUCCUUAACUUCCUCCUCAACUUCCUGCUCCUCGACGUAGUAGCCAGACUCGACAUUGAGGAUACCGUGGAUGUUAACACGAGCCUUGAGUCUGCAGAUCAUGAAGUCAUCCUUGGCAUCAGCCUUGACACCCUUAACGGAGAAGCGGCCGAUCCAAGGGUUCUGCUUGCCGGGAAGGUCCUCAGGCUUGGUGUAGCGAGCCUCAAGGUCGAAAGGCUGCUUGCGGUAGAAGGUCAGGAUCUUAGUAGAAGGAAGAACACCACCCUUGUUAAAGACGGUCAAGCUUGUGUCCUCAUCGGGAAUAUCGGCGGCCUUCUCCCAAGCAAACUCAAUGGGGUAGCUGACAAUAUCUUGGACGGAGAAGUCACGAACGCGGAAGACGGGGGAUAGAAUGGCGCAGCUGAAAGCGCAACCACGGGCAAUAGCCUCAUCGGCGUUCAUGGUGAAAGAGAGGGGCUUGCCGAAGAAGGACUCGAUGCGCUCCUUGAGGGCAGGGACACGAGAACCGCCACCAACAAUCUCAAUGACAUCAAUAUCCUCCUUGGUGAGCUUCGCCUGAGCCAGAGCCUCCUCAAUAGGCUUAGCGGUGCGAUUCAAGAGAGGCUCAAUCAUGGUCUCAAGCUCCUGACGGGUGAUCAUAGUGGAGACAUCGACGUCGUUCAUGAGAGACUCGAUGUUGACAGGGGCCUGGCUGUUGGCGGAAAGAAUCUUCUUGGUCUUUUCAGCGGCGGCAAUGACACGAGCCAUGGCACGACCGUGGGUGUAGAUAUCGACGUUGUACUUCUCCUUGAACUGAGCGGCCAAGUUGUCGACGAGGGCCUUGUCGAAGUCACGGCCACCAAAGUUGGCAUCCCAGGUGGUAGCCUUGACGGCAAGCUCACCCUUCUUGAACUCAACGAUGGAGCAAGUGUAUGUGCUGUGGCCAAUAUCGAUAAAGCAGACGCGGCGGGGCUGUUCCUCAGCAGCGGGGAGAUCGAGCUUGGUAAUGCCCCAGCCAAGAGCGGCGGCAGUGGUGUCGUUGAUGAGACGGAGGAGCUUGAGGCCGGCAAUCUCGGAAGCGUCGACAAGGGCGCGGCGCUGGGCGUCGCUGAACCAAGCAGGGACACUCAUGCAGAGAUCAGAAACGGGAAGCUUAAGUUCACCAGCGGCAGUCUGCUUGAUCUUGGAAAGGUACAUGCCGAUGAGCUGGGUAGCAGUGAAGCGCUCCUUGUUGCCAAGGUAGGAGACUUCGGCGCCAACCUGGCCGUUGAUAUCGACGAGGGUGGCAGUUGUGUACUGCUGUUCGAUCUGGACUUGGGGGUCGGAGAAAGAGCGUCCAGCAAGACGCUUGAGGCAGUUGACUGUGUUCUUGAGGUUGGUGAUCUCCUGGGUCUUGGCGGCCUCACCGAUGUAGCGGGACUUGGGGCCAAAGCCAACCAUUGAACUGUAUAGAGAAGUGAUAUGUUAGCAAGGGUCUAUAGGGAAAAGGAAGGGUAUACAAAGGUUAGGCGUACGGGGUAGAUCUGUUAGAAACUUCAUUGGUGACCUGGAUUGACUGUUAGCAAGAUGGUUGGACGCAAGGCUGUGUGGAGGAGGAAUACGCACAAUAUCGACACCGCGAUUUCUCGCGACGGCAAUGACCGUCUUAAGGGUUCCGAAAUCGACACCUAGAGGAAGAAAUGUCAGCGACUAGACACAAAGAGGAUAUGGCUGCGCAAGCCAUAGCAACGAGCUGACGGCUAGGACGAGACGCAGCUAGAGAGGGGGAGUUACAUACCCACGACACUCAUGUUUGCUAGAAUGUGGCGUUAACGAAACUGUGUAUGUCGAGAAUAAGAGGAUCGAGAGUCUGGGAUUCGCAGCAAUAGGGGAUGUGAUAUGCUGGAAGCGAUGUUUGCAAGGUAGAGGAAAACAACUCGCAGAGGGUGGAGGGGCUUUCGGGGUGCACGAGAAAAAAAUAGCGAAAAGGUGUGCAGUGCUUAAUAGUGGGGGAACUUGUGUGGUGGUGGCAGUGGGCGACUCUUAGAUGCACGAGCUGACAGCGGAAGAAGAGGCGGAAAAAAAUAAAGUAAAAAUAAAUGAGAAAGGAGGUAAGUUUACAGCUAUGGCUCUUUGUAUCAGCUGAAAUAUAAAUGUACGCCGCUCUAGUGG